AUGUCGGACGAAGAGGAAAAGCCGGAUAUUAACUCUCCGCGACCUUCAGCUCCAGAACAACCUAAGGAAGACGACGUGGUGAAGAUGUUGAGGAGUGUAAAGAAAGACAAAGAUGAAGAUAGCCCAGAGAAGGUUAUCAAGUUAGUACUAGUGGGCGAUGGUACUAGUGGAAAGACGUCUAUUUGUACUCGAUUUGCUCAAAGAGAUUUUAGUGGGAAAUAUUCUCAGGUAGGUACCUAAGAGUGUGCUAAGGACGUUUGAAGUUACUAAGUUAAUUUAAUUUGUAGGCUUAUAGAAACGGUUAUUAUGAAAUGCUUCUUACUCUUUUGAAAGGUUUACAUUACUUUGUUUUCAGACACUGGGAGUAGACUUUUACAGUCGACGACUCGACUUGCCCAAAGACAAUGUGUUAUGUCAGGUAAUAUUACAUUGAAAAUAUAUUCGUGGUUCAUUUCUUGUCUGUUACCAUGUUUACUGCUUCAGUAAUGUAGCAAGUCUUUGUCGAAAAUGUAAUUACAAAUGUCAUUUGUAGGUAUGGGAUGUUGGAGGCCAAAGUUUGUCGACCAAUAUGCUGAGUAAAUACGUAUACGAUGCUGACUGUGUAGUCUUCGUAUACGAUGUCACAAACGCAGCUACAUUUGACAGUAUAACAGAUUGGGUUACUGCAGUAAAAAAGGCAUUGAAACACGAGGAAAAGGUAAACUUAUUUUAAUUGAAAAAAUAUUAAGAAAGGGUAGGGUAAUGUAAUUAUCAAGUCGAGGUAUAGUAUUAUAGAUUUAAAACAUAAAAUAAGUGGCAAUUUCUGUAAGGAAACGGUAUAAUUUUAUAACUGAGUUAUUAGGAAUGGUGCAUAAUAACAAUUAUGUUAUUUUAGAACACGAAACUAGCCUUACUGGGUAAUAAAACGGAUCUGGAACAUCGCCGAGCCAUCAGAAUUGACAAGCACAGUCGACUAGCUGAUCAGUUCAACAUGGCUUCACAUUACGUAUCAGCCAAAACAGGAGAUUCCAUUGAUCUGGCUUUUAAGUAAGGUAUCUUACUAACAGUAUAAGUUGCCCCGCCUUUCUUCUUUUAGUUGACCCCCUCCCCUCUCCUCAUAAAGCAUAAUAUUAUACAAUGUUGUCGAAUGAUAUCAUGUAAUACAGUAGAAUUGUGGUUUAGAUACCUGGCAGCCGACAUAACAGGCGUCCAGUUGUCGAAACAAGAUGUCGAGCAAGCCAUAAACAGUAUAAGGGCGCCAGUCGCCGUGUUGGAUGCUAAUGCACCACACAAAGAACCUGAGAUUGCCAAGAAGGUUAACAUACCACAAAUACGCGGCACGGUAGUAGAACACGAGGCAGAAGUGGUAGACACGAGCAUAGGCUACUCCAAGGACAGCAAAGUUUGCAGAGUAAUGUGACGGACAUUUAUUACAUAUUAUAGUAGGCAUACUGUUGGCUAUUGUAUAUGUAUUAUGUAGUAGGAACACUACGGAUUAUCGUAAUAUAUGUACGUUGUAAACAUACAUAGGUAUGUUCUACAUGUUCCAAAGGAUGUUCAUUAUAUAAAAGGACUUGGGUAGAGUUAUUAUAUUUUAUAACAUCGUGUUGACAGAGCUUUUAAAUUUAGUUGUUCUUUUGUGACAUAUGUUUUUGUGAUAUUAAUAUCAAAUAAAAUGUAAAAUACAUUGUGAUAUAUAUACAUGUAUAUUAAUUUACUUUAUCUUCUUUACAAUACACAAGUUACUACACUACUUUAUUCAUAAUGUAAAGAAACUUACAAUACUAGUUUAUAUGUGAUACAAACCAUGAAUCAGCGUGUGAACAUGGCUUUAGCUACAGCGUUACGAAACAACGUAAAUGGUUAUUAUUGUUUUUACUGAAGAACUAUUAAAACUGUUACUUUGAGGUAUUGUAGAUGUAUAUUUAAUUUUCAUUUUAAAGUAAUUUGGCCAUGAAAAAAGAAAUUAAAAUUUUUUUGAAAGAAUUCAGUCGGGUAGGCUUUUAAUCUUAUCAUAGGUAUGUUAUACCUGUUCUGUGACUAGCUAAUGUAAUAUUCACAGGACGUUAUUCAUUUAAGAUUGGGCUAGGUAUAGAUCUCUGCAGUUUUGUUGUCAUGUCUUCCUCUAUGUCUACUUUCACAAGAAAACUUCCUUAUUUUAAAUUUUUUUUACAUUGCUUGAAACUCAAAAGUAAAGUCAGUUUUUGGAGGUGGAGAUACCUACAAAAGUAAUUUUUUCAGAUAAUAUCCAUUAUUGGAGCCGUUGAAGAUUGUUUCUUGUUUUCCUUCUUGCUGGUUGUAUUUUACAUUACACUUGAAGAAACCUCUUCAAUCUUAUGGUGGGAUGAAAGGUGCACAACAAUUCAUAUUAAAGGUAAAACGAAUCUUCAAUGGGGUACUUUUCUUGAGGUUUUGAUCUUUUUAUUAUAAAACAUGAUUUAUACGUUAACACAAUAAAUAUUUUCAGCCGUAUUUUACUGGUUUUCAUUGAUAACAACUUUCGUUUUGAUUGUUGGAUGGAUACGGCAUGUGUGGCAGCUUUACUUACCGUAUAUUGGAGUUAAAGUAAGCUUUAUGCGUUGAUUAACAAAUUAAACUUAAGGCUAUGACACUUUUUUUAACAAAACUGACAAGGUAUAAUAACAUGUACUUAUUACCUAAAUAACCUACUUACUGUUUUCAUUUUCACUAAUAAUUACUACCUUUUUCAGUUGUUAUUCACAGUAUUUCUACUGACUAAUACUGUCAUCCGACUAUUCAAAGGUUCAGUAACGUUGGAACUAGCAGCUGCCGUAAUCGCUGUUAUAUUAUACUUUCUGCUAAGCUUGUUUACCAUAGUAUGUUUAAUAUACGAUUCACAGCGAUGUACGAAGAAGACAUCACACAUUAUACACUCUUAUUCAACCAAAAGUUACAGUAGAAAACUAUCAAUGCGGAAUGCCAAUGUUUAUAGAACUAGUGGUACGGUAAAUGAUAAUUAUGAUGGUACUGUUACAAAUAAUGGCAUUUGUGAUAAUGGGAGUAACAAAAGAAAUACUAGCAUAAAGAACAAAGCUAGGAAGACUACUGUAACAAAAAAAAGUAAAGAUGAUACUGUAAAACCCAAAGCUAAAGAGGAUACUGUAACUAACAACUUUGUUGUGCCAAGUAUAUCUGUAUACGACGGCAGUCGAUCCGAUGUCGAAGAUUGUUUCAUGACCCCAAUGUCUCCUUCUGAUGGCCAUUUUGGCUUUGAGGCUAGUACCAUUAGUGAUCCUUACUUAAAGUUUGACAGUAAUAGGUCUACAGUAAGAAGUAAACACGAUUCUGAUGAUGAUUCUACAAACAAUAGUAACAAAAACGCAGAUGAAAGAGAUACUGCAAGUAAUGAGUCGAAGUUUGAAAGGCAUUUUACUGUGAGAGAUGAUCACCUAAAGUCAAACCAAGAUUUGAAAUCCAGCGAUGAAGUUGUUACACCUUCAAACUAUUUAUAUAAGAAAAAUAAAGGUAAAGGUCAAGCUUCAGUAAGUAAAAGUUUAAAUGAUGAUGUAGUUAAUAAACCGAAUGAAAGAAGAAAUAGCAGUAGCAGCAGUAAAUCGACAAAUGCAGAAGAUGAUGAAGAAGAAGAAAAAGAAGAAGAAUAUAACAAUGAAGAAGAAGAAAAAGAAGGUAAUACAAGAGCAGAACCAGUAUUACUUGACGUAGACACUCUGGAAAGUGAUAUGUUGAAAGUAGGAGAAGAACAGAUCAGAAGAAAAAGUGACUACGGUAUUGAGAGUACUCAGCUGUAG